AUGCCCAACAUUCUGUCAUGGCUGCGCGUGGGCAGCUCAUCCAAUGGCACGAUGGCUACUGGACCACAGCCGCAGGCACACGAGGUUAUUGACAUCUUGAACGAGAGCGAUGACUCCGACGACAGCGUUACCGUUGCGCAGCCCUCCAAGUCCUCCACGAAGCGGAAAGUCAUCGACAUUUUGCAUAGCGACGCUGAAGAUGUAGCCCCCGGCCGACCUCACAAGACCGCGAAGACCACGAUGACCACGAGGACCCCUACGUCGCGCAAUUCUCGCACGAUCAUCGAUAGCUCAAGAAGUGACAACAAAGAUGAGGUCACUGCAGCUGGCAAGCGACCAAGAGCAGCGACCGCCCAGAAACAAUCGAAGCCCAGCGGGAGGUCCGCGAGUGGCCUUCGACCCAGUGGUAUGCAGAAAUGGCUGCAAACAGAUACUCCCACCCAUGGUCGAAGAGCGUUCCGUGAACUCGACUCCGAUCAAUUUCAGAACCGACUGCGAGGUCCCAUUGGUUGGUGCAAGAUACCGGUCUACAGCGAGCCUUUCAGGUCACAAUUCGCGUUUGGCACAAUCUCCCGUUCCCCGUCUACAGUCCUAAGGAAUGUUAGACGUCCGUCGGCUGUCCAGACAUCGACUACAGCGAUGCACUCUCGUGCUAUCUCGGACUCAACAGCAGUAAGGGAAGACGUUGAUAUUGUCGGAGAGACAGCCGCCAGAAGACCUCAACGUAAUAAAGCCCGUCAAUCACACAUGUCUGCUGCUGGUAUGGAGGAAGAAUCGGAAGAUGAGCUCGCAGCUCGGCCGCGGAAAGGGAAUGGCAGACACAGGGGCAGACAAUCCCACGUGGCUAAGGACGACGCAUCUGAUUUCGAGAUGUUCGACGAUAGUGAAGCCUCUGGAAGUGGUUCAGACAGCAUUGGCGCGGACUCUACGGAAGAAGAGGCAACACGCUCCGACCAAGCAGAAAGCGAGCUUGAAACGAGGCCGAAGAAAAAGACGACCAAAGCGAAAUCACGGACGAAGGCGGACAACAAUACCGCCCCGACCGCCAAAGGGUGUUCGAAGACCGCCGGUUCCUCCAAAGGCAUCACGAAUCUCACCAAGCGGCCGAAAGAAUGGGGUAAGGGGAUUGUGGAGAGCCUGCCGCCUGUGUCUGAUAUCUCUGAGAUAUUUGGUGAAAUGACAGAGCAAGCUCUGUCUCUGGGUCUAGGCGACGCAAUUGACCACCUCGCUUCGAUGCCUGUUCGAAUUGCUACAAUCUGUUCUGGUACCGAGUCUCCGCUGCUGGCGCUUGAGAUGGUUCGCGAUCACUUGCAGAGAUCUGGCAAACGGACUAUCGAGGUUGAGCACGCGUUCUCUGCCGAAAUCGAACCCUUCAAGCAGGCUUACAUCGAGCGCAACUUCCAGCCUCCCGUCAUCUUCGCCGAUGUUACGGAAUUCAUUGAAGCUCUGCAGCAUGAAGAGCCCAUGGCUACAACAGCGUACGGUGCCAAAGCACGUAUUCCGGGGGGUCUACAAAUGCUGAUCGCAGGAACGCCGUGUGUCGACUUCUCCGCCCUGAACUCAUUCAAAAAGGGCAUCGAUGACGGAGGCGAAUCAGGUGAAGUUUGGAACGCCGUUCGUGCUUACGCCAUCGCCGAGCGACCGGCUAUUAUCCUCUUUGAGAACGUGAGCGGUGCUCCUUGGGACAGGAUGAUAGAGGACUACAAGAAGAUCGGAUACGACUGUGCCGCGGUGCGUGUUGAUACCAAGGACUUCUAUGUCCCACAAACACGACAGCGCGGAUACAUGGUCUGCCUCGACAGAGCGAAGCUCGAGGCGGAAGGCACUGGAGGAGCUUCGCUGGCGUGGACGAGACUGAUGGAGAAGUUCAAGCGGCCUGCCAGCUCGCCAGUCUCUGCUUUCCUUCUGCCUAAUGACGCAGUGUCAAAGCAGCAUUUUCGUGCAGACGAUACCAGGCGAGAAGUGGCUUGGGAAUCUUGCAAGAUUACCCAAGAACAAAUCAGGCAGACGGAGCGCCUCGGCGCAGCAAGGCCAAUAACGAACUGGUCAGAAAGUGGUGCGAUUCGCCCUCCCGAAAAUAGCCAGCAUGAAUGGCACCGCUGGACUGUUCCCCGCGUCAACGACACGAUCGACUGCAAUCAUCUACGGAAACUGCUUUUAAUGUACGACAACAGGUACAAAGAUCGGGUAUAUGAUGUGUCCCAAAACGUUUACAUGGAGUACGACAACAGAGCCUUUGGCAUUGUUGGAUGCCUUACACCAUCCGGCAUGUUUUACUCGACAGACCAUGCUAGGCUUUUGGCACCCGAAGAAAUGUUGAGGUUACAAGGUCUGCCACUUGAUAAGAUGUCUUUCACAACGGAGACGCAUUCCAACAUUCAGGAUCUUGCAGGAAAUGCAAUGAGCAGCAUGGUCAUGGGGGCCGCUGAGUUGUCAGCAGUGAUCAUCGGCUACAAAGCCCUCCUGCCGGAUGUUGAUCAGCCUCAGAUUGAUCGUGUUGCAACUGAGCCCGACCUGGUGAUCGCUCAGCCAGAUGUGGCCAGUCUGGUUGAGUCAGCCAAUACGGAUUCAGCGAUCAAUAUGGCAGAUAUGGUACGCCGUGCCGAACAAGCCAUGCGAAGAUGCUUUUGCGAGGGCGCCACAGCCAUAGCAGAGCAGACGAUACAGCAAUGCUUAGAAUGUGGCCAUACAAUGUGCAGUGGGUGUGGAGGCAAUCCGACCCACAAGUACAGACAGCGUCCUUUAAUGAGCGCAGGCCGAGUAUCGCCCAGGGUCUUUGAAAACGAGCUGAGGUCAAGCCUGCCGACGAGACUGGAGCUUUUCGAAAGCAAGCAGGUCGAUAUUACCUCCUUGCUGGCCCAAGCUCCAGAAGAUUAUCGCCGUGCAACCCGAGCUGGGUUAAGCGCAAAGUUCGCGUUCCAACGCAUCAUCCGCACGCAUUGCUGGACUGUCCGAUACACAGCGGGUGCUGAGGCCACGCUCGAACUCGUCAUCUGUGAUCCGGCAAGAGCGGAGUGGCGUCUUUACGCGCAUCCCUCAAAGAAGCUCCCUGCUAACGACCCUCUGCGAUCACUUCUGCAGCAGCCGGUGGCAAAAGCGUCUGCCGUGAAGAACUUCUUCGGCGACUCGUGGGUGGUUCGAUCGCCUAUAAGAGAGUCAGUUCCUCUUUCUAUCACCGGAUCUGGCACAAAGAUCGCUUCACGCUGGAAUCGUGUCAAGCUUCCAGACUACACCCAACACUUUUUGUGGGAACAUUUGGAUAUCCAAGUCGGUGACAGUGAUCGUACAGGUGUCUCGCAAGAGCUUACAGGAACGUAUCGCCAUCUUCACCUAUGUGGCACGGCGUGUGACAGUCUUUAUAUCCGCCAAUCGACCAGCGACAGCCUACCUACCUAUCUAUUCCUCGACCCGACGGCAACAGACGACCCAGACAAAGACACUUAUGUGUUUUCUCACGAUGUGGAGCGCCUUGACUAUGGGGUCGUGCGACAGGUCAUUGCUCGACUCCCGCCUAGUUGGCGGGCAUUCUCAAUGGACAGUCGCUCUGGCAUUGAACAAGUGACGAGAACAGACUUGUUGAUCGACGACGAGUGGCAUGCUCUGCCGCAGCACGAACUGCGGGAGUCGAACGUACAGCUCCAGAUCCAGAGACCGCAGUACACACGGUCAAGUACGCAAUGCCAUGAAGCACGUCUACUCCUCAGCUGCGUAUUGUCCGGAGAUCUAGACAUGCCUUCGCAAUUGCACGGAAAGCUGACCCAAAGGCGGCAAUUUGAGCACUUUGCGUGGCUCAUGCCGCUAAUGGCGCGCAGCAUGAGUACUGCCCAAUGGUCACCAUUGCCACUAAGCGGGGCUCAUUGUAAUGUCUGUGCCCCUUCACCACCAGGCAAGCUCUGGAGUAUAAGCGCUCAAGGCGACGUUCUGGUAAUGGAAGAUCCUGUCACCGCUGGGAACUACGAGAGAGCCAUCAAGGCAAGGCCAGACCCGCUUUUCUUGUCGACCUCCAAGAACGACUCGAACCUGCACCUUGAUCUAGCUAUCAACGUCAACACGCUGGCUCACAGAGCUUGCGCGAGGCUUUCUUCCAAAGUGGUUGAGCCGACACCGCCCCUUCAAUGCGAGUGGCGGUUCAUAGCGAGCGCAGAACAGCCGUUCGUGUUCAAGCCAUUUCGUCUGCGACCUACUGAAGAGCUCCCACAUAUCUCGCCUGAUCGGUACGACAUGGGCGUGACUCUUUUCCCAAAUCAACUGCGUAUGCUAGCCUGGAUGAAAAGCCAAGAGGCUGGAGAUGGCGUAUCAUUCGAGCUGCAGGAAAUCGCCGAGGCCACACUCCCUGUCAUAGGGUGGAGAGCUGAGGUGCGAGCUAAAAGCGAGGUUCAGAUAAGGGGUGGCAUCUGCGCCGACCAUCCUGGCUUUGGCAAGACGAUUACAAGCUUAGCCCUUAUUGACUCGCACUUGCGUGAGUCUGACCGAGCCACAAUCGUACGGGAGCUCGAAGUCCGACAGCCUCAGGGUUUGAUCGCUACUGCCGCUUCUUUGAUCAUAUGUCCGCCGUCAUUGACGGACCAGUGGUGCGGCGAGAUCUGCGAAAAGCUUCGUAGACCGGGAAAGGUACUCAAGGUGACGAAGACGGCCGACUUGUCAAGAUUCAGCAUUCAGGACUUCGUUGAUGCAACGAUCGUUGUUGCGAGCCGGAACGUGCUGGUCAGCGACUCGUACGUGGACCGUCUUGCUGCGUUCGCUGCCAUUCCUGGACCUGCGACACGCAAACCUCGCGCAUACGAGGAGUGGUUGAAUGGAGCCAGAGACGCGGUUGGAGCGCACGUUGGCAUACUGCAGCGGAAAGGUGUUUCUGCUCUCCGGAGACAUAUCGCUGAGAGGUACCAGGAGAAUAUCGACAGCGACCGAUAUAAUCUGCACAUUCCCAGCAAGCGGCUACGUGGUGCUAAUUACGUUGCUGCGAAAGGGAAGGGAAAAGCCAAAGCCUCUACGACCAAAAAAGCGACGGCCACGAAGCUUGAUGCGGAUCAUGUAGGCUCUCCACUCUUUGAAAUGUUCUAUUUCAACCGCAUGCUUGUGGACGAGUUCCACCAACUGGAGUCAAAAGACCGGUUGGCAAGCUAUAGUUUGAAUGCCGACAAACGAUGGGGACUCUCUGGGACACCUGAUCUCGGCGACUUCCAAGAUAGCGCUCAGGUCGCAAGUCUCCUCGGCGUACAAUUACCAGUCGGUGGAAACGCAAAGAGUGUCAUGAAGGCGAGCAAUGCUCGUAAGCUCACAGAACAGAUGACUCGUUCUGAACGGUUCCACGCCUUCAGAGAAAGCCCCUCGGAAGCUCAGCACGCUCAGAUCCAUGAGCUUCAUCAGAGGUUUCUGUCGACGUUCGUGCGGCGAAACGUGAUGGACUUCGAUAAAAAGCUGACGUAUGCGGAACAUCUUCUUCCAGUGAAGCUCCAUGGCGAUCACGAGGGGCUGUACGUGGAGAUGUUUCAGCAAAUCAAGGCGCAAGGCAUGCGCUUGACGAGGAGUAGCAAAGAGAGCGAUCGUCAGUCACGUUUUGGCAGCAUUGUGGGCAGCGACGACGGCCCAGAACAAGCACUUUCGAAGGCAGCAACGAGCGUCGCUGCUGGUGUUCAGUUCGAUGCACUCUACCAGGAAGCCCAGCGGCGGAUCGCAGCCCUUUCCGCGCGGUUGCCAAAAGCGAUUCAUGACGCUCGCAAGAUUGAGCCUGAGAACUUCGAGAGCUGGGCAUACCCUCUUGAGAAGGGCAUGUUUGGUGAUGAGGCCGUCACAAAGAUGGUGAUGACGAUCAUAAAAAGCAAGACGCCAAAGUCCGUGGAGAAUGCAUCUUCCAGCGAGACUGAAAAGCCCAAGAAAGGUCGAGGCGCGGGCAAAAGAGUCAUGAUCGCCAAGCUCAACGAACUGUGCAACGACCUUUUGGAGGAUUGGCGAUCUGCACGGUAUCUCGGCAAUGUCAAAGAGACUCUGAAUGGUGUGUACAAGUCUGGUCCAAAGGGCGGAACCUGCUGUGAUGCGACACAGUGUAACGGGAUGCACUCCACCAGUAUCGCGGUCUCUCCCGUGUGUGGGCACGUCAUUUGCAAGCAAUGCGAGCGAGACUUCGAGGGAUCGGCAAGCACCAAUUGUCCUGCAUCAGGUUGCGGUGCCGACAUGUCCAAUGUGGUACUGCUCAGACCAAGCACACCUGUCGACGAGACGACAAGGCCCAAGAACCUCAGCGCGAAGUUAGAAGCGAUCCUGAGCGUCCUGGCCCAGGUGCAGGAGUCAAAGGAGCAGGCCAUACUGUUUGUCCAGUACGAGUCCGAGCUUCAACUGAUGGCGGCGGCGUUGCAAGAUGGCAACAUUUCGGCAGUCGUCGUGAGUAACUCCAGUUCGGCAUCUUCUCAAGCAGCGGAUUUCCGGGAUAAAGCCAGUACUUCUGCGCAGAAGACGGUCAUUGUGCUGAACGCAUCAGCAGACACGGCAGCGGGCCUAAACCUUCAGAAUGCGAACCACAUACUCUUCCUCAGCCCUCUUAUCAGGGAGACUCAAUAUGAGUAUGACGCUACCAUGGCGCAGGCGGUUGGUCGAGCCCGUCGAUUUGGACAAACGAAACAUAUUCAUGUCUACCGCUUCGCCGCCCUCAACACGAUUGACAUAGAUGUCUUGGAGCAUCGCGAAAAGCGAGUCGACGCUUUGGUUGAACAAGGAGCACCGGAGCUCGUGCCGUCUAGUAGACUAAGCAGCUUGGACUUGCAAUCAGAGCCCAAACGUGAGCGGACGCAGCUUGUUUGCGAGGAUGGAAGAUUCAGCCUCCGCCCGCAGAGUUGGUUGGAAGCUUGUGCGUACGAGCCUGGCGAGAAUGCUGGCUUUGCGCAUGGCAGGAAGCGAAUUCUUGGGUAUGAGGACUACUCUUCUGGAUUGCAAUUUGGCCGCAACUUCACUGAGGAUGAGGAGGUUUGA